AUGGAAGAAGAGCAGAUCCCUCGCCCUUACAAAGAUCUAUCGGUUAGGAUGCCGCCACGCCAAGAUGGGAGGCCGGCGGAAACGCAGAUCCCGCUGGAAUCGGGCAGAAGAGCCAGGUUUGUUCCAGAUGGUAGUAGCGAGGUACCCUUUCGAAGAGACUCAGAGAGACCAACAAUCUCUGGCUCGUCAUUCAAGGGCAUAUAUCGUAACGAGGACGACGAAAACGCGAAUCAGAACCACAUGACGACAACGGACCCGAUCGGCUCAGCGUCAGACGGCACAGGUUGGGAAUACGUUUACGCACGGCUAGAAAAACGUGACCGCGAGAUGAUCAAAGGUUAUUCGGAGGACAUCGACAGCCUCCUCAUCUUUGCGGGUUUGUUCUCCGCCGUUCUUACGGCUUUCCUACUGGAGGUGUACACUCAAUUGCAGCCGGAUAAUGCGCAGAUUUCAGUGCAGCUCCUUUCGUAUAUCUCGCUUCAGCUCCAGCAGAUUUCAUUGCAUCAAGCCGCUCCUGCAACGGCGGAUCCUUUGAACUCAUCCUUUCCGGGCAUCCUCUAA